AUGCCAAAAACAAAGGAAGGGAAACGGAAAACGAAAGGGGCGCCGCUGCCCAUCGUUCCGAUUCUGCAGAAGUUCCUGAAAACGUACGAGAAGCACUGUGCACAGUCCCAGACCUCCGUGUGUCCAGCCGUCAGACGGGACCUGAAAAGCAGCAUCAACAGCGAGCAGGCUCUCAGGAAGUUCAUGCUCGUAAGACCCAGUGACGCCCAGACAAGCGUCCUACCCAUCUCCUUGGAACCUUUGCUCAUGGCGAUCCGAGACGAGCGCUACACACUGGGGAAGGAGAUGUGCAUCUGGGGCCUUCGGCUGAGCAACCCCGAGAUUGCCAGACUCGCUUUGCUUCUGGAAUUGAAGGGCCACGCCGUCUGCCCUUUUACUGCCUUGAAGAUCAUCGAUUGCAAGAUGGACCCCUGGUCCCUCAGGCGGCUGGGGAAGGCUCUGCAGCUCAGCAGCUUGCGUGCUCUCGUCCUCGAUUACUGCAAGUUCGCAAAGGAAGAAAUGGAGAGUAUUUUCUCAGGCCUGGAGAACCACCAAAGCCUUCAUGGGCUCAGUCUGCGAUACUGUGGUCUGGGGCCAGAGAGUGGACAGAGGCUGGGCUCUGUGGUCAGCCGAAGUGCCAUCAGAGAGCUGUUCCUUGAUGGAAAUCGCCUGCAAUGUUCUGGAGCCUUGGCUCUCCUCAGACCCCUGGCAGAGUUUGCAGAGAUGCAGGGGACAGGCCAGCCAUGUGUGGCCAGGUAUCACCCAGGCAGCCCCCUUCAACCUUAAGAGGUGUGUACAGGACCUACUUCCACUUCGAACCAGAUUACAAAAUCCUCUGAAGCUGUCACAGUGAAAACUACUUCAGAGAAGAAAAAGAGAAAAGGAGGAAUCAAGAAAAAAGCUAACGGCUCCACUGAAGCUGGCCCGUGGUUAGUGAAGUUGCACUUGGCAGAUAACGGCAUAGAUGGAAAAGGAAAAGAGGGAGCAAAUGACCUGUUGGAAUUCACUCACAGCUUAACAUGCCUGAUCAGACACUCUGCCUACUUAAGGGAACUUGACCUUGGAAACAAUGGCCUGGGAGAAACGGUGGCUGUUGACAUCCUUGGAGCCCUGAAAGCCAGGAAGACAGGUAAGCUUCCAGUCUUAAAAAUUACAGUCACUCCCCAGAUCUCUUCAGACACCUUCAGAGGUAUUUGGAAAAAUAGCAAGAAACCUAGCACCACCAGCAAAAAGAAGAAAAAGGCUAAAAACUGAAUGUGGAUGCCUUAUUUCCAUACAACUGAC